UGGUCAUGUUGGGGGUCCUAGAAUAAAGUAGUUUGCCUCGAUUAACACCGAAAGUAAAAACAUUGUAUAAUCAAUUCCUCUUUUUUGUUUUCUAUUUACUCGAUAAGAUUCUCCUAAAACCAAAAAGGAAAAAAAAUUUCAAUCAAUCUUGAGAUUGUGUCAAGAAACCUCAAGAGUGAAAAUGAGUUUUUUCAGAUCAAAGACUUCAAAAACUGAAACACAACAACCAUCAUCGUAUGGACAACAACAAGACGCUAUGUACUCAUCUUACGGAACCGUGAGUGACGAAGUGUUAUUACAGAUUCAUGGAUGCAGAGCUCAUCUCAUCAACGGAUCCGAAGCUGUGGAGCUAGCCGCCGGAGACUUCGAGCUUGUACAAGUCUUAGACAGCAACGUAGCCUUAGCUAUGGUCGUGAGGAUCGGAAAUGACUUACAAUGGCCGGUGAUUAAAGACGAGCCAGUGGUGAAACUUGACUCUCGUGACUACCUCUUCACGUUGCCGGUUAAAGAUGGAGAGCCACUUAGUUACGGCAUCACGUUUUUCCCUAUUGAUGAAAAUGACAUCGUUUUUGUGAAUAGUAUCGAGUUGCUAGACGAUUUCUUGAGAGAGAAUUCUUGUUUCUCUUCGUCUCCGUCUUCUUCUUCGUCUUCUUCUUCGUCUUCUUCUUCGAGUGUUAACAAUGGAAUUGAUUGGAAAGAGUUUGCGCCUAAGAUUGAAGAUUAUAACAAUGUUGUAGCUAAAGCUAUUGCAGGAGGUACAGGGCAUAUCAUUAGAGGGAUGUUUAAAUGCAGUAAUGCUUACACUAAUCAGGUUCAUAAAGGAGGUGAAAUUAUGAUUACGAAGGCUGAGAAAAAGAAUGGUGCCUCGUCAAAAAGAAAUGCAACCACAAACAAGAAUCAAAUCAACAAGAACCUUCAACGAGUAAGGAAAUUGUCUAGGGCGACGGAGAAAUUGAGCAAGACAAUGUUGAAUGGUGUGGGAGUGGUGAGUGGCUCGGUGAUGGGUCCAGUUGUAAAGUCGAAGCCAGGGAAAGCUUUUUUCUCAAUGGUUCCAGGGGAGGUUCUAUUGGCUUCACUUGAUGCUCUUAAUAAAUUACUAGACGCUGCUGAAGCCGCAGAGAGACAAACUCUUUCUGCUACGUCCAAAGCUACUACAAGAAUGGUUAGUGAGAGGUUAGGUGAGAGCGCGGGAGAAGCUACGAAAGAUGUACUAGGCACGGUUGGGCACGCAGCCGGCACUGCGUGGAACGUCUUCAAUAUCCGCAAAGCUUUCUCUCCUUCCUCUUCAGUCACAUCGGGGAUCCUCAAAAACGCUUCACGAAAGUGAUAUUUGGUGUUUGUAUUUAUUUGUGGGCAGAGACCAUAAGGUUAAAAUUAAGUCAGAAUAUGCAAAUGUGUAAUCUUGAAUCUCAAACAAAGGAAACCUCUCUUCCUUACCAAAUUUAUCCCUCAUGUGUCUAAGGAAUACACAGACUCCAAACAUAUCAAACAACUUAACCUUAAACCAAAAGCUUUGACCCAAAAUGAAAAAAAAACUACCAAAAUCAAAUCAUGAAAUUUAAAUAUAUCAAAGAAAAUUGAGCUUUAGUUAAAUAAAAAAAAUAUGAUCAUGAAAACAGUUGUAGAUCCAUCGACAAAGGGAAUAGUUAGUGUAGAGCCUCCGUUCCUCGUCGCUGGUCGAUGAACCAUACCACCACCUCUUCCGAUCCCAUGCCCACCUUCUUCUUCUCCAUGUCCGCC